AUGGCAUCUUUCAACGUGGAUGAAUUGCUUUCGGAAGAAUGGGCUCAGAUAGAGCAGACGAUUGGGGCCAGGCCCCAGCUCACUGGCGAUGCGCUCACCAUGAGAGGGCAAUAUAAAGCGCUAGCGGAGCAGAUGAAUGCACUAAGCCCGGCGACACCAAACGUGAGUGUGGUGGAUGAGCGUAUCACUGAGCAUGUUACGGUGAGAAUAUACAAGCCAAUAGAUAAGAAAGAUGCCCUGCCGGUGGGAGUUUAUUUCCAUGGCGGCGGAUUUUGUUGCGGUGACCUUGACUCUGAGGACCCCUUUUGCCGUUCGCUGGUUGAACGCCACCACUGUGUGAUUGUUUCCGUGGAAUAUCGGCUGGCUCCAGAGCACAAGGCUCCAGCACAAACGGAGGAUGCGAUAGCGGCGUGGAAUUGGAGCAUACGGAAUGCAUCUCUUCUGGGCGGUGAUUGCUCACGCUAUUUCACUAUUGGCCAAAGUGCUGGAGGUAAUUUAGCUUUGGCGACCGCACAUCUAUUGAUUGAUCAAGGCAGACGAUUAGAGAUCAAGGGUGUGGCGGCAUUAGUCCCACUGGCAGUCCACCCAAAGAACGUCCCUCAGCCUCAUGGGAGCAGUCAUCGAUCAUAUCAGGAGUGUGCACAUGGACCGGUCAAUACAGCAAAUGCGAUGGCUACUUUCUUGGAAUCGGUGGAAGCCAAGGAAGAUGACCCAGGUGUCUUCGUACUCCUAAGUCGACACCUGGAUUUGUUUCCGCCGACUUAUAUUGCUGUCUGUGAGAUCGAUCCUCUGCGGGAUGACGGUAUUAUCAUGGGGCAAGUCUUGCAAGAGGCUGGUGUUCCUGUGAAGCUCGACCAUUAUCGAGGCCUGCCCCAUGUUUUCUGGGCAUUUGGAUGUCAACCCCCCAGUGGGGACUUUAUAGGUGAUGUAUUGACCGGCAUUGACUUCGUUUUGAACUCAUAA